AUGUUGUUAGUCCCUCAGCCGUUCGUUUUCGCGCGACCAGCGUUGUGCUUAGAUUUACCUGCCCCUAAACCCUAUGCUGAGAGGAACCUAGCUGACCGCUUUAUAGCGGACGAACGAAUCGCUUCGCCCUGCCCAGAACUCAACAGCAUCAAUUUGCUCUUGGGAGCUGAUUAUUGCCCCCGCGUGGUGAAUUCCAACACCAUUUCUUGUGAAAGUGGAUUGCUCGCUCUCUCAAGUAAGUUUGGAUGGUUGGUCUUCGGUCAAGAAAGGCGUCCCAGCCCCCCCGGCGUUGUAGCUCUUUCAACUGUAAUGGGAGUUGAAUACUCCUCCGCCGAAAGGGGGAAUGAGAACGAAGACUUACGAAGAUUCUGGGAUCUAGAGCAUUUCGGCAUUUUCGAUCCUCUUCACGGGGGGAAAGAACCAAACCCCCUUAGUGACUUUGGGAGUCUAAUCAAAAGAAAUUCGAACGGGCGACGUUCGGUACCUCUCCCGUGGCGAGCCAACAGAAGAGACCUACUCGAGUCUAAAUACAAUCAAGCACUAACCCGCUACAAAAGCCUACUAUUUCGUCUCCAGAAGGAAACAAGUUUACGCGAAGCCUAUCACUAUCAAAUUCAAGAAUAUUUGCGCCUGGGCUUUGUGAACAAGGUGGAGAAAAGCUCAACCGAUCAGGAAACAAGACUUGAGUUUUAUCUACCGCAUCGACCUGUAGUUCGCAAUGAUGCGAUUACGACAAAUAUUCGCCCCGUUUUUGACGCGUCUGCUCGGGGAUAUCAAGGACUCAGUUUUGCUAAGAUUCCGCUGGAAUCGCGUAGCUUGGGAAGGGAUAUAGAGAAAGCCUUCCUUCAAGUAGAAGUAAAUCCAAGUGAUCGGGAUGCCCUGCAGUUCAUUUGGAUGGAUUAUCUAUCCGUCACCUUGGAAGCUAAGGAACCUUCAAUUUUCAGAUGGAAUCAGGUCACUUUUGGGUUGUCUCCUAGCCUUUUUUUACUACGAAUUGUUAUACGGAAGCACUUGGCGGAGAACUCAUAUGUUGAACCUACUCUAGCCCGUUAUAUCGAAGAAAAUCUGUAUACGGAUGAUCUCUUAGCCGGUUCCAAUUCCGUCGAAGAAGCCUACCAAACUAUCCAUCGCGUAACUAAAGCUUUCGGCGGAGCUUGCAUGAAAUUGGCCAAAUGGAUUACAAACGAGCCAGCCCUAAAAAAAUCUUUAUUACCAAGCAAAGCGCUCGCCUCCAGCGAUGCGACUUCCUGCCUCAUUGGGUGUGAGGAAAACUAA